GGAAUAUAAACAAAUUGCAACGUGUUAGCAACAACCAUAAUAUUGUUACCUAAUCUUUACCAAAUGACAACAACUUGAUUCUGUUGUUGCUAUCUCAUAAAAUAUUUGGAUUUUUAACGCGGCAAAGCUCGUUUUUCCUUCCCCCAAUUUUCAGUUUUCCACAAAAACCAAUGCUUGGUUUUCUCUUUUCAUUGUUCAACUGAUCUCUCUCCUCUCAAUUUCAUCUGCCCAAAAUCUGCCUUUCGUUAUGACAAAUGUGCAUACUUCUAAUAAUUCUGGAACUACCGAUGAAAUUGCAGUUCUGCCGGAAGGACAAAAAAGAAAGGGAAGGGGGAUGACAACAGGCCUUUCAAUCCAAAAGAAACGCAAGAAAAGUGACAAUGGAAAGUUGAAGGUGAUUAUCCCACCAGAUCAAACUGUAGCAGUUGGUCCUGGAGCUAAAGAUUUUGUUACCGAGCUCUCAGUGACUGUUCUCCAUAAUGCCAGGCAUGAUGUCAAGAAUUGGAAGGGAGUUUCUGAUCUAGCAAAAGAUAGGAUUGUUGCUCAUAUGCUGGAUACGCUCCAGCUUCCGGACAUACAACAUCAUCGGGACACUAUCCUUCAAACAGCUAAAAAUCUAUAUCGAUAUCGUCGUAGUAGGCUCCAUGAUCAUUUCAAGAAAUUUGCUACAACAGAGCUAAGGUUGCAAAACAUGCCAGCACAGGUUAAUGAAGCUGAAUGGAAAUUCUUGGUGGAAUAUUUCAGCUCUGACGAUUUUAAGAAAAUGAGUGAAAGAAACAAAAGUAACAAGGCAAAACAAGAAGUAAACCAUAUUUGUGGCAGAAAAUCCUUCCAAGCAGUAUCAUUUGAAGCGAAGGCCACAGACACCGGAAAAGAGCCAAACUUUCAGGAAUUUUGGGAAAUGACUCAUAUGAAGUCAAAUGGGCAUUGGGUCAAUGAUGCUUCUGCUGAAGUAAAUGAUAAGGUGAAAGAGGUUGUUGCUGAACAAAUUCAAGAAAUUGAAGAGGGUACCAAUGUGGAUGGUAUUAUUAAUGCUGCAGUUAUGCAAACUAUGAGAGAAAAAGCAGGGUAUAUUCGUGGUCAAGAUUCUGGAGUCAAGGCAGCUAGUAGGAGACCCAGAGAUGAAAUUGAAGAGCAACUUGAAGCACAACAAAAGGAGAUGGAAGAAGAACGACAUAAACGAGGGAGUUUAGAAAGCAAGCUAAUGGAAGUAAAAAAUCAGCUUGAGGCGGAGCAGAAAAAUCGAGAACUCAUGGAAACUCGUUUAGUGCGUGAGCAAAAAUUAUUAAAGGAGGGCGUAAUGGCACUAGUAGCCCAUAUGCAAAGUUCCAUGAAUGGACUUUCUGCUGCAUUUUUCAAUAUCGUUACUGAUUCAACUAGUUCAGAUGGGGCAAGUCCUACUAGUCUUAUGGAUAAAAACUGGGAUCAACAUGCCUAAAUCAACACUGGCGACUAUGUUUCAUGUAAUGCACAAGCUAUUGAAAGAAGAUUCUUUUAGAUUACUGUUGAAAUUAGAAUACAAUGUUGAAAUUAGAAUAUAAUGACCUCGCUUAUAGUCUUGUGUUUUAUUUUUUGCAAGUAAUAAAUUAGAAAUUAAUGGCCUCUCUUAAUUAAUAUUUUUUUUUUGUAAAACUUAUCGCAGAAUGUGUAAUGUAUGAAGCAACUACUUUCAAGUUGCUAAAGAUGUACAGGAAAAAUCUGAUUUAUGGCACCAAAAGCUAAUGUUGUUGAAA